UCCAAACCAAAAUUAUAGUCUAAAAACUCAUAAAUUAUUUUGACAAUCUUCCACCUUUUCUCCCCUUUCUCUUCCAUCUAUAUAUGUGAUUCAGGACCAUAUGGUAUAUACAUCUUCUUUAAAACCAUAUGGCCAAAGAAAAAUUAGUUUCAAGAUAAUAUACAGUUUGAAUGAAAAAAACCCUUCAACAAGAAAAUGGGACAGUCACCGCCGGAACUAGGAACAUAUUUUCAGGUAGACAAAACCACCUUUAGAGAACUAGUCCAGAAGUUAACCGGAGCAACCGGUAACUCCACCAACAAACCACCGGAAAUCCAAAGCCCCUCAACUUCACCAAAACGCCACGGCCAUAUUGACCCACCCGGUGUUCGUAGGUCACCGCUGAAGCUUCAAGAAAGAAGGCAGCAAACUGCCAUGCGUAAAAUGGAGAUCAAACUCGGCCUUAAAGCAGCUGGUGAAUCAGUGAGUCAGCCCGACUCGCCUGGCUGCCCGCCGACGCCAGUGCAUAGCUCCAUGACGCCACUCGGGCGUAACUCAGUGGUCUCCACCCGAGUUGGGACCGAGUCACCACCCUCUGAGGAGGAAAGAGCUAUUGCGGAGAAGGGCUUUUAUUUGCAUCCCUCCCCAAGAAAACCGGAGCCGCCGGAGCUGUUAACUUUGUUCCCGUUGACAUCUCCAAGAUAAGAGCCUUGGGCUUCGUGUUUUUCUUUCUUUCUUUUCCUUUUUUUUUUUUUUAUUGCUGAUUUCAGCACUUUGGUUGUUUAUGAUAUAUUCGAAUCGAUCAGAAAACAAUCCAUUUCCUCUUUACCAUCUUUAAUGCAAAGAUUUUGGUACCCGUAACUGUUAUUUAA